AGUGUUGCCGUUGCCGAUGAAUCCUUAACAGUCUUCAACGACUUGAAGUUGGGUAAGAAGUACAAGUUUGUGAUUUUCGCCCUCAACGAGUCCAAGACCCAGAUCGUGGUCGACUCCACCUCUACCGACACCGACUACGACGCCUUCUUGGAGAAGUUGCCCGAAAACGAGUGCAAGUACGCCGUGUACGACUUCGAGUACGAGAUCGGCGGUGGUGAAGGUAAGAGAUCCAAGAUUGUGUUCUACACCUGGUCUCCUGACACUGCCCCCAUCAGAUCCAAGAUGGUGUACGCUUCGUCCAAGGACGCUUUGAGAAGAGCCUUGAACGGAAUUUCCACCGACAUCCAGGGCACUGACUUCUCGGAAGUGGCCCACGAAACCGUGUUGGAAAAGGUGUCCAGAGGUGCCGGCUCCCAUUAG